UCCCUAGCGGCAGCGCAAGUGCAAGAAGUGCGUUCUAUAACGCGUAUAGAGCGUAUCGGUGCUCAUUCUCAUAUUCGAGGUUUGGGUCUUGAUGAUUCUCUGGAGCCUAGAGCGGUAUCCCAGGGCAUGGUUGGCCAGAAGAUGGCUAGGAAGGCCGCCGGAGUCAUACUUCAGAUGAUCCGAGAAGGUAAAAUAGCAGGUCGUGCAGUAUUAUUAGCUGGCCAGCCAGGUACUGGAAAAACCGCUAUAGCGAUGGGUCUUGCGCAAGCGUUAGGACCGGACACUCCGUUCACAAGUAUGGCUGGUUCUGAGAUAUUCUCACUGGAGAUGAGCAAAACUGAAGCUCUAACGCAGGCUAUCAGGAAAUCUAUCGGCAUUAGAAUUAAAGAGGAAUCUGAAAUAAUAGAGGGGGAAGUGGUAGAAGUGUGCGUGGAGAGAGCGGCGGGGGGAGGGGGAGCGAGGACAGGCCGUCUCACUCUGAAGACUACGGAUAUGGAGACCAAUUAUGACAUGGGAGCUAAGAUGGUGGACUCGCUACUUAAAGAGAAAGUACAAGCAGGCGACGUGAUAACAAUAGACAAAGCGACAGGGAAAAUUAAUAAACUAGGCAGGAGUUUCGCCCGCGCUAGAGAUUAUGACGCCACAGGUCAACAAGCUCGUUUCGUUCAGUGCCCCGAAGGUGAACUCCAAAAACGCAAGGAAGUGGUACACACGGUGACUCUACAUGAGGUUGACGUCAUCAAUUCUAGGACACAUGGGUUCUUAGCUUUAUUCUCGGGUGAUACUGGUGAGAUAAAAUCAGAGAUAAGAGAGCAGAUCAAUUGUAAAAUCGCCGAAUGGCGAGAGGAAGGGAAAGCUGAAAUGAUACCUGGUGUUUUGUUCAUAGAUGAGGCUCAUAUGUUGGAUAUAGAAUGCUUCUCGUUUCUGAAUCGGGCUUUGGAAUCUGAGAGUGCGCCUGUUGUUAUGAUGGCCACUAACAGGGGCAUAACUCGCAUACGGGGUACUUCGUACACUAGCCCUCAUGGUAUACCGCUGGAUCUGCUGGACAGGAUGAUAAUUGUGCCGACUACUCCAUACGAGCAUCAGGACUUGAAGGAGAUAUUGAAUAUCAGAUGCGAGGAAGAGGACUGCCAGAUGUCUAACGAUGCCCUCACGGUAUUGACGAGGGUAGCAACUGAAACGUCCCUGCGUUACGCCAUACAGCUGAUCACCACCGCGUCGCUUGUCGCCAAACGUAGGAAGGCAACCGAGGUGAGUAUGGAGGAUGUCAAGAAGGUGUAUUCCCUGUUCCUGGACGAGCACCGCUCCGAGCAGUUCCUGAAGGAGUACCAGGACGAGUUCAUGUUCAACGACGGCUCCGGUGAUGCUCCACAAAUGAUGGAAGUCGCUCAGUGA